AUGGACGCUCUACCGAAAGUGAACCUCGUUCAAGGUUGCCAACAUGUGGCGGGCGUCUUUAUUACUUUUGGGAUGUUUGUGAUUCUCUAUCUAGUUGUUGUGAACGUGGAGAUGUUCUCUAUCAAGGUCUCUCGCUUCCUGCAGAGGCGUCAGCGCCGCGACCAAGGCGAGCCAAAGGACAACUCCAGCGGCGAGGAGGCAACUGAUGCGACUGCCAUUGAAUUGGCUAGCGCCCAAGCCACCAUUGUGUUGCUCAAGGAAGAAAUUCAGUUGUUGCGUCAACAGAAGAACGCCAUUGCAUCGAAAGACGAGGAAAUUGCUAGUCUGAAGAAUCAGGUGCAACAACUGGAGGAAGAGAAGGGCCAGCUCAUGGCAGCAGCGGAAAGAAUUGAAAGUUUGCAGAAGCAACGAAGCAACCAUCAGGGAGAAGCGUCUGCCAUGAACGAGUUGCUGCGGGCCAAUGAACAGAUUGGCUCGUUGCAGACUCAACUGCAAGAAGUGACAAAAGCAAUGAGCGAAGAACUCACAUCCAUGAAACACAAGCAGGGGGAUCUGAUUGCUGUGGCUGGUAGAGUGGUGGAGGCAUCCGAGUUGUUGAUUUCUCCAUUCAUGGAUGCUAGCUCCGCCGAGGUCGACUUGUCGCUGCUGGAUGGGCGCAUUCGUUCGUUGCAGAGUGAGCUGGACAAUUGGAUCGACACGGUGAUUUGCACAAUGGAGUCGCCCUGA